AUGCGCGCUUCCGUUGUGUACCUCUCUACUCUGGCUACUGCCGUUCUUGGCAGCAACUCCACUACCUACACCCUCCCCGCAGGGUUCAACAUUGGCCUGGUCAAGCCGGAUGAGCUGAACUCGUGGUGUCUGGGCCAGCGCAAUGUCUGCCCCCAGAUCUGUGAGGGCGGUACCAAGCAAAACACCUGCGAUCCGAAAUCUCUGCAGUUCAGCUGCAUCUGCUCUGACGGCACCACUCCCGAUGUGGCUCCGUACGUCCAGACUGUGCCCUUCUACGUCUGCGAGGCCAACUUUGGCCAGUGCAUCAACGCCCACCCCGAUGAUGCGGACGGCCAGAAGGCUUGCAAGGAGGCUGCUCAAUGUGGCAGCAAGAAUGCUAGCAGCUUGAGCACCACUACUUCCUCGUCUUCGCCUUCCACUACCAUGUCGUUGACCACUUCCACCGAUAGCUCCUCCAGCGAGACUUCAUCCUCGGUGGCCGCUGCCAGCACCACUACCAACGCUGCCAUCGCCAUGGGUGAGAGCUACUCUACCGGUAUUAUGGCCGGUGCCAUGUUCCUGGCCGCUCGCAUGUUCCUGUGA